AUGUCUAAAAAUUCAGAACAAGAUCUUAGAGGUAAUAGUGAUUAUAUAAAGGAAAAAUAUAGCUUAUUUGAAGGAUCUGGCGAAGAAUAUGAGGUUGAUGAAAUAUUAGAUAUGAGAACCAAAUAUGGAGAAAAAUAUUAUUUGAUAAAAUGGGCAGGAUACAAUGAUUUGACAUGGGAGCCAGAGCAUCAUUUACACUGUCAGCAAAGGCUUGAAAUAUUCUUAAAUAAACUAGGCCAUAUUUAUAAUCCUAAAACAAAAGAAAAUACAUCAUUUACUACUAAUAAUGACAAGCCUUUAGCUAAAAAACAAAAAUUAGUAAAGUUAAUCAAACCACCUAUUAUUACAACACCUAAUUGCAAACAAUUAGCCAGACAUUUACCUCAUAAUAAUUAUACAAGUACUGAUCGACGUAAUAUUGAUGAAUUAUGUUCCUUACAAACAACAAAUUAUUUUUUAAAUAAUUCACAAGCAACAAAUACUUUUUUAAACAGUCCACAAGCACUUUAUGUUCCUCAGAAUGAUUUACAAGCAACAAAUACUUUUUUAAACAGUCCACAAGCACUUUAUGUUCCUCAGAAUGAUUUACAAACAACAAAUACUUUUUUAAACAGUCCACAAGCACUUUAUGUUCCUCAGAAUGAUUUACAAACAACAAAUUCUUUUUUAAAUAAUUCACAAGCAAAAAAUACUUUUUUGGACAGUCCACAAGUACCUCAUGUUUCUCAGAAUAAUUUACAAACAACAUAUUCUUUUUUAAAUAAUCCACAAGCAACAGUUAGUGUUUUAAAUAGUUCACAAGCAACAAAAACUUUUUUAAACAAUCCACAAGCAAUUUAUGUUCCUCAGAGUAAUUUACAUGCAGCAAAUUUUUUUUUAAAUAAUUCACAAGCAAAAAUCAGUUUUUUAAAUAGUUCACAAACAACAAAUCUUUUUUUAAAUAGUUCACAACCACCUAAUGUUCCUCAGAGUAACCCACUUUCACCCAAACUUAAUAAGUCAUCAAAUAACUUAGAAAUUGUGGAACAAAAAGAAUCAAAUGAAUUGUCAUCAAUGACUUCUAGUUUUCAAGGAAAAUGGACUGGUGGUCUUUACAAGAUGGUACGAUCACAAAAGACACCAGUAUAUAUUAGUAGGAUUCAUAUUGAUGCUUGGCCAAGAAUAACACCAGACUUGGAAUUAUUUGAUGCAUUAAAAUCUCUAGAUAAAAUUACACUUCAAUAUCUUCAUCCAUUGGAUUAUGUUUUCAAUGUUUUUAAUCAGCUUGGUGAAAAUAGUUCAACUUUUGUAUCAAUGGUGUUUGUUUCAAGUGAUCAUGCAACUAUAGAGAGAGAGAGAACAAUGCAUAAAUGGAGUGAAAGAGCAUCAUUUACAAUUUUCAAUGAUUGGGUUUUAUAUUUUUUACCAAAUAGUGGGAACAUUAAUCAGAUGCUUCAUAUUCCACGUGUUGAGUGUAGUUUUAUUCUUUUAAGAGUGAAUACAAAUUUUUUUACAAAAUUUCAGAAUGAAGUUAUUACAAUCAGUAGUGAUUUUACUAAUGAUAAGGAUUUUAAAGAUUAUAAAACUUAUGUUGGAGCAGGAAUGAGUAGAGUUAUAAAAUUACCAGAGAAUCUUUAUAAAAUCUUUUCAAAAUCAAAUUAUUGUUUGUUAACACCACCAGGCCAACCAGAAAGUUUUGAUAUGGAAUGCUAUAUGAAGUAUAUUGGUGCUAAUGUGACAAAUCUUAAGGAUAGAAAUUUAAAUUUAAUUCUUGUAACAAGUCUUAAAUUUUUUAUGAUACCUAGCUUUACUGAUAAAGAAAUUUGUCCACAAGAAAUUUUAAUUUCUGGUGGAAUUAUAAUGCCAACUUUAAAUGCUCUUACAGAAAUUAGUUCUUUGGCACAUUUAUUAAAGGAAUAUGUUGAUGGACAUACCAAUUGGGUGGUUAAAAUUCAUCCAUAUAUUAUUCAAUCAAUAUUAAAAACUUUUGAUUUAUUAAAUCAAACAGACAAAUCUUCAGCUAAAAGGCUUUUUAAUAAUUAUAAAGGAAUCUUAGAUGGACUUAAUGAGGGAUACAUAAAAUAUUUACUUCCAGUAUCUAUGAUCAAUGAAAAAGGGAAUUGUUAUUAUUCUAUGGGUAGAAUGCAACUGCUCUAUUACAAAAAAUAUCGUCACUUUAUUGUAAUAGAUGAAUUCAAACCACAAAGUGAGGACAAAAUUAUCAUGCCUGGG